AAAGCUAAUUGUGUGAUCGUGAGUAAGCCUCUUCAAAGCGUGGGAAAUUCGAUAUUGACAUUUGCUGCAUACUCUGAAUCUGACCAAAGUUUACGAUAGGACAUCGCUGUAUAUUCUUCAUUGCUUGACUAGAUCAUUGUAGGUCCAUGCAUGAAAGUAUUAAUAGUUGGGGUCGUCUUGAUGCUGGAGCUGGAGUUGGUGUGGAACUCGAGGACUAACACCGUAACUGCAGUCCUCUAGAACAGGUGGUGGCCUGGAUAUGGAAACACAUUCCCCAGCCACUGUGUCUGUGCCUCCGGAGUGCGUGAGGAGAUUUGAAUGGGAAGACAAGGAAGAAACCAUCACUGUUCUAAUCCCAGAGGUACCAUCCACAAAUGAAAUUCAACUUCCCAACACACCUCCAGUUCCUCCUUGCAUAUCUGCAGUAGACCACACAUAUGCAUACAGUCCUGGGUCAACAAAGAGAAAACUUGAAUUUGCACUUCACAUAGAGAAAGCAAAGAAACGGAAGGCGCAGAUGGAAAGUGUUAAUAAAUCCAUGAAGAUUCGGUCGUUGAAAGACCUUAAGACAACAUUGGAAAACUACGGAGUGAAAAAGAGUGUAAUAGAAACAACUCUUGACGAGAUUCCUGGGGAUUCAUAUGACCUAUUGGUGAAUAAUGAGGAGAAGAACAGAGGGAGAAAUUCGGGCCGCAGGUAUUCUCCAGAACUGUUGAACCUCUGCCUUACACUCCAUUAUCUUUCACCUAAAUGUUAUAAGUACCUUAGAACGAUAUUCAGUAUCCCUUCGGACGUCACUCUUAGAAAGAUGCUGGCUAGUGUCGAUGGUAAACCUGGCUUUACUGAAGAAUCAAUUAACACACUGAAAUACAUUAAUGAAAGUUCCUCAAGAAAAUUGCACUGGUCGCUGAUGCUCGAUGCCAUGUCUAUAAAAAAACAGAUCCAAUACGACAAGAUCAAUGAUGUCAACAAUGGCUUCACGUCGAUUGGGAAUGCCAAAUGUGAAGGAGAAACCCCGACACCAGCAACACAAGCCCUUGUUUUUAUGAUAGUUGCAAUGAACUGCCACAUCAAACUUACAGUUGGUUAUUUCUUUAUCAACAAGCUCUCUGCAUCUCUACAGGCAGCGCUUAUACAGGAAUGUCUGAUCCGUUUGUAUGAAAAUGGCAUUCAGGUAGAUGCCAUCGUUUGUGAUGGAGCUGCCGUCAAUAAAUCAACCAUGAGUAUGCUGGGAACAAGCUUAGACCCGAAGAACCUCAAAGGUGAAUUCCCGCAUCCAGCCAAUGGUCAUCCUGUCACAUACAUUCCUGAUGUUUGCCACAAUUUGAAGCUUUUGAGGAAUCUACUUGGUGAGAAAGAGGAGCUCAUAUUCAAUGGUACAGAAAAGGUCCAUUGGAACCAUAUCAAGAAGGCUUAUGAAAUCCAACAGAAAGAGGGAAUGAGGGCAGCCAACAAGCUGACAGCAGAACACAUCAACUUCUCCAAGUCAAAGAUGAAGGUAAAGUAAGCAGCGCAGGUAUUUAGUUAUUCAGUUGCUGCAACGAUCGACAUUCUAAGACAGCUCCAAUACAACGGUUUUGGAAAUUCAAAGAGCACUGCAGACUUCUUACGAAGGAUUGAUAGAUUAUUUGACAUGUUAAAUGGUCGGAACAGAUUUCAGAAAGGGUAUAAAGCCCCUUUGUUCAAGUCCACACGUAACACUUGGGUAGCUUUUUUCCGUGAGACCAAGGAACUACUACUUACAAUGAAGUUAAUAGAUGGCACUUCCAUCGCAUCUAGUAACCGUGGAACGCCUAUCAUUGGACUGUGUCUUGCGAUGGACGGAUUCAUCUCGCUGGCAGAGCGAUUCUUUGACGAUCCUGAAUCUGGAAUGACGUACUUUCUUCCAUACCGUCUUAGUCAAGACCACCUAGAACUGCACUUCGCCAAGAUUCGUGGCAGAGGUGGAUGGAAUGAUAAUCCAACCACUCCACAAUUCCAGGCAGCAUACAGGGCUCUUCUCAUCAAUGAGCAUGUACCUACCAGUGAUUCUGGAAAUGCAACUUCCUUUCUUGAGGCCAUGGGGA